UUCCCCGUGUGCCGUGCCACGCCGUGCCGAGCAGUCGGGAAUAGCGCCGGGCGGGGGGGCACCGCCUGACCCCAGCCCUGACAUUUCUGCUCGGCGGUGUCAGUUUUACAGCCGGCCCCGGGUGACCCCGCCGGGCUGGCCUUGGCCCCCGGUCCCCCCCGCUCCACACCCUGCGCCCCCGCGCCGGUUCCCCGGGGGCCCCCGGCCCCGCCCCGCCCCUCCCCGGGGCCGCCCCGCCCGGGCAGGAGCCGCCGCCGGCACCGGAGCGGGCAGAGCCGCUGCGCGGGGCGCCACAGCACCGGGCAGAGCGACCGCCUCCGCCCCUGCCGCUGCCACCGCCACCGGCACCGCCACCGUCACUGUCACCGCCGGUGUCCCUGAGCCCUCGUCCCCUGUGCACUCUCAGGCCACGGCUCCCACCUCAAGCCCCUCAGUCAUCAGGAUGCUCUCAGUGGAGCAGAUGAGCGCGGAGCCAGCCCCGAGCCCAAAGGAGCAGGAGUGGGCCGGGCCAGAGGCACUGUGCCCAGGCUGGCUGGAGGACGAAGCCCCUGAUGGAGAGAUGCCCGAGGACAGCGGGGACCCUGACUGUGCCACCCAUGCCUAUGAGCUGCUCCAGACCGCCCUGCUGCAGGAGGGGCUCCCCCACACACUGGACUGCUCGGCAGAGCCCCGCACAGGAUUUGGCCCACUGGACAUGACCGUUUGCAUCCUGGGCUCCCCCACUGCCUUCCUGCCCAUCCUGCUGGAGGGUGGCACCCGCUGCCCAGGUGCCAUGGUGCUGUGCCUGUCACCCACCUGGGCCAGCCGGGUGCCCUCGGAAACAUCCCCAGGCGCCUGGUCCCUGCUGCUCUCCCGGGGAAUCUCCUUCAAGGAGGGGGGCCACAGCACCCUGGAGACCUUCACACCCCCCCGCCGGGCCAACUAUGUGACAGGGACCUUUGCGACAGGGGGCUCUGAUGGCGGCUGGGUGGGCGAGCUAGCCCGUGACCUUGACUGCCCCACGGGGGGCUCGGUCCCACUCACCCGCCGGCUCGAGGACCCACUGGUCACCCGUUGGGUGCUGGCGGCCCGUGCUGGCCUGCCCGUGCCUCCCACCCUGGCCUUUGUCCUGGGGCCAGGGGGCCACCUGCCCACAGACCCAGUGGCCCCUGGGGUGAGGCUGGUGCGGCUGGAGGACCCCCAAGGCCAGGAGAGCCUGGUGCAGGAGGAGGUGGGCGCCUUCCUGGGGGGCACUGCCAUGGAGCCCUACAGCCAGGUGCUGGUGCGGCUGGCAGGGUGGCGGUGGCGCGGGACGGGCGCCCACAGCACCCACGGGAAGGAGGAGGGGGCAGCGGUAGCACAGGCGGUGGGUGCCCGGCUCCGCAGGCUGCGGGAGGAGGACAGCGUCCUGCUGGAGGCCCUGGUGCCCACUGCCCGCCUGCCCAUGCCCCCCCCACGCAGCCCAGCCCCGCGGCUGCCCGUGGCUCUGCGCAUCUGCACCCUCGUCUGCAGGUCCUGGGGGGACCGGCCCCAGCUCUGCCAGGUGGCAUGCGGCGUGGGGCGCGCGGAGGCACCGGUGCGGCACGGGGCAGCACUGCCCCAGGGCCUGGACUCCAGCCUGCAGCAGUGGGGGGUGGUGGCCCCCAGCCAGCGGCAGGCCCUGGCCACACGGCUGCGGGGGGCCGCUGAGGCCGCCAUGGCCGCCCUCCUGGCCGCCGAGGCCGAGCUGAGCCCCCAGCAGCAUGGCGGCACCCGCGCCCGCACCAACCUCCUAGGUGUGGACUUCUUGCUGGCGUGCGUGGAUGGCACCCUGGAGCUGGUGGCCCUGUCUACCAACAGCCAGCGGUGCCUGGAGACCUGCCUGCUGGCCGAGGCCAUGGGGCGCGCUGUGGGGGAGCCGCCUGGUGACCUGCCCCGGCUGCUGGCCGAGGCCCUGCUGUACCAGGCGCAGUGUCACCUGGUCGAGGGCAAGGACAUCCUGCUCAUCGGGGCUGGCGGCGUCAGCAAGAGCUUCGUCUGGGAGGCAGCCCGUGACUAUGGCCUGAGGAUCCACCUGGUGGAGUCGGACCCGGAGCACUUUGCAGCAGGGCUGGUGCAGACCUUCCUGCCCUACGACAGCCGGGAGCACCGGCGGGAUGAGGAGCACGCGGAGCGGGUGAUGGAGCUGGUGCAGGCGCGGGGGCUGCGGCCCCACGCCUGCCUCUCCUACUGGGACGACUGCGUGGUACUGGCGGCACUGGUGUGCCAGCGCCUGGGGCUACGCGGCCCCACGCCUGCUGCCGUCCGCGUGGCCAAGCAGAAGAGCCGGACACACCAGCACCUGCAGCGGUGCCGCCGGGGCCGCCCGCCACCCGCCACCUUCGCCGUGCCCUGCUGCAGGCUGCAGAGCCACGGGGACGUGGAACGAGCGGCCAGUGCCAUGCCCUUCCCCGCCGUGGCCAAACUGGAGUUUGGGGCGGGCGGCGUGGGUGUUCGGCUAGUGGAGAGCGCGGGGCAGUGCCACGCACAUGCCGCCCGGCUCUGGCGUGACCUGCGGGAUGACGCUGAUCACCCAGGCAUCGGGCUGGGCUGGGGCAAUGCCAUGCUACUGAUGGAGUACGUGCCGGGCACUGAGCACGACGUCGACUUGGUGAUCUUCGAGGGGCGGCUGCUGGGCGCUUGGGUGUCCGACAAUGGCCCCACACGCCUGCCUGCCUUCCUGGAGACAGCCGCCUGCCUGCCCUCCUGCCUGCCCGCCGACCGGCAGGCACAGCUGGUGCGGGCAGCCCUGCAGUGCUGCCUGGCCUGCGGGCUGCGCGACGGCGUCUUCAACGUGGAGCUGAAACUGGCUCCCGGGGGUCCCCGCCUGCUGGAGAUCAACCCCCGCAUGGGGGGCUUCUACCUACGCGACUGGAUCCGGGAGGUCUAUGGCCCCGACCUGCUGCUGGCGGCUGUGCUGGUGGCGCUGGGGCUGCCGCCGGUGCUGCCCGCUCGCCCCGCACCCCGUGCCCACCUGGCCGGAGUGAUGUGCCUGGGCUCAGAGCACGGGCCGGCCCUGGGGGGUGGGGGGGGGCUGGAGGCCCUGCGGGCACUGCAGAGCCGUGGGCUCGUCCGCCUCAACCGCCUCUUCGAGGAGACGGCGGGGGCCGGCGAGUACGAGGAGCCCUGCCUGAGUGUCGCCUGCAGCGGUGCGACACGGGCAGAAGCCUGCCUGCGCCUGCUGGGGCUCUGCCAGGCGCUGGGCAUCGACUCGCCCCGCUACCCUGUCGAGCAUUUCCUAUCCCACUUCAAAUAGCCCCGGGCAGGCAGCGGGGCCAGCGGGGGCAUGGGGGGCAGGGGCACUGACCUGCUGCCCUGGCACCCCCUCCCGUAGCCCUGCCGCCCCGGUCCCUGCCAUGUCCCCAGCACCCCAUUCCCCGGCACCCGGUCCCCUGGCAGUGCCCUGGAUCCCAGUCCCCUGCCCGGACACCCCAGCCCUAGGCAUCCUCCCACUGCCCUGGCACCCCAGUCCCAGACACCCCAUCCCGUGGUACCCCCCUGCUCCCUCUGGAUCCCAGUCCCCUGCCCUGACACCCCAGCCACUGGCAUCCCCCUCCAUCCUGACACUCCCUCCCCUGCCAUCCUCCCGCUGCCCUGGCACCCCAGCCCCUAGCACCUCCGACACCCUGUUCCCUGGCACCCCCCUGCUCCCCUGGAUCCCAGUCCUCUGCCCUGGCACCCCAGCCCCUGGCAUGUCCCCCCCUCCUGCCAUCCUAGCAUCCCAUCCCCUGGCAUCCCGCUCCAUCCUGGCAUCCCAUCCCUUGGCAUCUUCCCUACUGCCCUGGCAUCCCCCCCAUCACCCUGACACCGCAUGCCCUGGCACCCCUCUGCUCUGCCAACCCAGCAGCCAGCACCCCAUUUCCUGGCACCCCCCUGCCCUGGCACCCCAUCCCCUGGCACUGCUCCAUUACCCAUUUCUUGCUCCCCAACAGCCCCCCACUCCCCUGGCACCCCACCCCCUGGUCCCUCCACACUCCCCAUCCCUGGUCUCCCCAUCUCCACUGCCCUGGCACCCCAUCUCCUGGCACCCCCAAGCCGAGGGUCCCCUGCUCCACAGCUAGGGGGUCCAGUGCCCCUCCCAUGACAGGGGACAUGCAGGGGGACGCUGACCCCCGGCCCUCCCUGUGCCAUCCUCAGGGCAGGGGGUGAGGGCAGCCCCCCCAGAGCACCCAGACCACCCCACCAGAGCAGUAGGUGCAGCCUGGGGUGUGCUGGCACCCACCAGCAUGAGGAGACCAUACAAUAAUAAACCAGCAUGGGGAGACCCUACAGUAACAAACUGGUGUGGGGAGACCCCACAGUAACAAACCAGCACAGGGAGACCCUACAAUAACAAAUCAGCGUGGCAGGGACACCCUACAAGUACACACCUUGAAGGGGAGACCCCACAGUAACAAACUGGCGUGGGGAGACCCCACAAUAACAGCCCUGUACAAUGAGCUCUACAAUAACAGAGCAGCCCCAGGGACCUGAUGCAAUGCAGGACGGGGUACAGGCGGCCCAGCUGGGUGCCCCAGCAUAGUGCAGGGACACACCAGGUCAGCACCCUGCCCCGACCACCCCGGGGACCCACCGCACCAGGCAGCCUCAGCAGGGCCUGGCAGAACCGGGACCCUCAGCACACCCCCCUGUGUGCCCCUGAGAGUGAGGGCAGCGCUGCCACAGUGCAGGACAGCACCGAGCCCGAUAGCGACAGUCAGCCCCUGCGGUGCCUGAGAGCCUACAAUAACACACCGUAUAGUGCCUGAGACCCUACAGUAACAGACCCUAUAGUGCCUGAGAUGCUACAGUAACACACUCUAUAGUGCCUGAGACCCUACACGAACAUGCAGCCCCUAUAGCGCCUGAGACCCUACAGUAACAGACCCUAUAGUGCCUGAGAUGCUACAGUAACACACUCUAUAGUGCCUGAGACCCUACACGAACAUGCAGCCCCUAUAGCGCCUGAGACCCUACAGUAACAGACCCUAUAGUGCCUGAGAUGCUACAGUAACACACUCUAUAGUGCCUGAGACCCUACAAGAACACGCAGCUCCUAUAGCGCCUGAGACCCUACACGAACAUGCAGCCCCUAUAGCGCCUGAGACCCUACAGUAACAGACCCUAUAGUGCCUGAGAUGCUACAGUAACACACUCUAUAGUGCCUGAGACCCUACAAGAACACGCAGCUCCUAUAGCGCCUGAGACCCUACAGUAACAUCCCCUAUAGUGCCUGAGAUGCUACAGUAACACACUCUAUAGUGCCUGAGACCCUACACGAACAUGCAGCCCCUAUAGCGCCUGAGACCCUACAGUAACACGCAGCCCCUAUAGCGGCCGUGACCUUCAGUAACACGCAGCCCCACAGCAACACGCAGCCGUGCCGGCCCCGCCAGGCCCCCCGUGCCCUAGAAGCCCGCGGGGGCCCCGAGUGGGGCGGGGGGGUGCCGGGGGGGGUGUCUCCGUCUCUCCCCGGGGCGCCCCUCCCCUCUCAGCCGUCGUCACGGCGUCGCCGAUGAGGUCACAGUGACGCAAAGGGGCCGGGCCGCCCGGGACCCCCCCAGUAAAGGCUGUGAGCGGCC